GCUACGUAUCUUUUGAGAAGCAUCCAAAGGUUUCCUCUGUCUACAUUCUUGAUGACAACCAAAGACCAGUACUGAUCCGAGGUGACUCCAUGCCUCUGACAGAGGACAGCCGGCUGGUGCUGGUCGGCCACGGCAGGAAAGACAACUCAGGAGAAAUGAGACUGGGAGGGUACGAAGUGCAAGAAGUCUCCAAAAUCAUUCAACAAACCUCCAGGGAUUCCAAUAAAAUUAAAACAAUAAGUGUGGUGGCCUGUGACGUCGGAUCAGAUAAAGCAUUCAUUGAGACGCUGCUGAAGGAUCUCCAUGAGACCACCGGCAUCGAGACAGAGCUGCACAUCAGGGACGCUGUGCUCCAGGUCAGACACACAGGAGAGAAAAUCACCCUGGAGAUCACUAAGGAUGGAGAGCAAUGGCAACAUAAAGAUGACAGCAAGAAAGUGGUCGCAACCCUUGACAGGAACGGAGAUGUAAUUAUUAGAAAUGAGGCCGGCAGUAAAGGAAAGGAAAUCUUUACCGCUGAAAGAAACUUUCUAGGUCCUGAAAAACGUUUCCUGGUCUACAGAGACAGCUGGCCAGAUGAGCCAAAAAGAUUUAUUAACCAGAAUGUUUAUGAUAAGUUGAAUGCUAAUGAACGUAAUGCUUGUAAUCAACUUGAAGCUCUGUCCCGGGGAUUGUUUCAUGAUGAAAACAUACCCCGUCCAGAAAAAAUGAAGAUUGAAAAAUUUGAUCUAAAAGCCUAUUAUUUAUUAGAAAGAAAAAAAUGGUUCAAUGAAAAAAAGAAACGUUAUGAGCUUACAGGGGAAGUAGAGAAGAUGAAUAAUGAACAAAAAAAUAAAAUUCUUUCCAACUGUUAUGAGAUUAAAUCAGGAGAAGAUAUCAGGAAUGUAAUCCGUCACUAUGCAAAGACCGGAGAAAAAAAGGUCACAUACCUGAAGGUCAAUGACUGGAUAUUAGAGGUUGAUCCUAUAAAGCUGUAUGUCGCUCCAAUCGGAAAAAAGCUUGACAACAAUGAAAGAAAAAAAGAAGAAAACAUUAAGAAAUGUAUUGAAGAUCAGAUAGGAAAAGAAAGUUACUUUAAAAUACGAAAAGGAAUUAAAACAGAAAUGGGCCAAAAUGACCCUAAAGAAGGAUACGCUGAAUAUAUGGAAGGUAUUUUUCGUGGAGAGCCCACAAAAGCUCGCCUUCCGCUCCCUGCUGAGGCCUGGUUAACCACAUAUUUCACUGCAUCAGUUAUAUCUGAAUCUGCUAGAAACUUCCGGACAUUUGCUCUGACUCUCAUGGCCCUGGAUAUGGUCCAAAGCACAGACAACAAUAUCAAAGAGAAAGGACUGAACUUUCUUUGGGAAGAACAUUCAAUGGCAAGACAAUAUUCUUGGAUUGACCCAAGCAGGCGUGGAUUUAGUGGCUCAACCGACAAUGAACAUUCCAGCAAAUUAAAAAAUCACCCGAAGCCUUCGACUACUGACGGAUUAGAGAAUGAUCUUAAGAAGCUUAUAACAAGUGCAGUCCAACUGUAUAGUAGGUGGAGUCAAAAUGGGGAAAGAAAUCCGUCUCAAAUAUUCAAAUUCGCAGAGAAGUACAGGAUAACUGGACGUGAUGAAGUUCAUAAUUACGAAAUGUUCAUAAAUACAGUAGGUAAGAGCGGCUCUACUGCGUCCGGCCGAUUAGGAGGCUACAAUGACGGCCACAUAACAUCCCAUGACUUAAAAUCUGCCUCUGAGUUGGAAAAGUCCUUCAAACUUGAAUCGUAUUACUCCAGGCUGAGCGUAUUAACCGCUGAACAAGUCCACAGUCAGUUAAAGGCUAAAUAUGGUGAAAGUCUGGCAGGGUUGCAGGUCCAGGAGGGCAGCGCCAGAAUGGAGAAUGGAGAGUUUGUGUGUCAUCUGUUAGACGGUGCUGACGGUAAACCUGCUGAGUUUAAGGCUAAGUUAUCUCCUGAGAGUCAACGCUACACUAAAGCAAUGUCAGAGAGCAUUGAAACAGCAGUUCAUGACAUGGAAAAUCACGGUUCAAUCUCCUCCCAUCAAGGCAGCAAGUACGUAGAGCACGCUGGGCAUGCUGUUGGGACGCUGGGCCUCAUGCUGGGGAUGAAAGGAGCUGUUCGUGCUUUUGAACAGGGUGACAUUAAAGAUGGCGUGGUGGGGUCUCUGCAAACGGCUCAUGGAGUGACAGCUAUGACAACGUCUGUUAUUGCAAAACAAGCUCUGUCCUCAGAGGCCAGAAUGGCCAAAGCUGUAACAUCGGUCAUGAAAAGCCCUGCAAUGAAGGGUUUUACGUCAGUUAUACCAAUAGUGGGAAUUGGAUUCGGGAUAAACAAUCUUGCACAAGAUUUUAAGAGAGGUGACGCGCUGGGAUACAUCGAUGCUUCCUUAGAUGGUAUUAUGGUUGGUUUAGAUGUUAUUGAACUUUUUGUGCCUGAACUGGCCCCGUUUAUAGCGCCUACAAACCUGGCUUUAUGCAUAGUCCGGAUGGUCAUUGAUGACAUUUAUAUGGGCGUACAGAAUGAGCUAAACAACCUCCCGAAAGAUGCUGGAGUUCUGGAGAAACUAUGGGCUGUUAAUUUUGGCAUUCUGAAGGGGAUUUGGCAUUUUGGAAUUAGUCUGGCAAGUUUCUUUUACGAUUGGCGUUACAAUGAAAUUGAGCAGGGACACAGACUUGUUGAUCAGAUAUCAGACUAUCACAAAUAUUACAAAGUUACAAAGCAACAGGAUGGAACGAGUGCCGUUGAUUUUAGUGGUGGUGACUCUUCUUGGAACGGAGGAGGAGUUCACUUCUGCCUCGCCGACCAGGGUCCGUCUGAACUCUGCAUGGACUAUUUUGUGUCUAGUGAUGAGAGUUUUGGGAAAAGGUGUUGGCAGAUUGAUACACAGGGAAGCAAAGAUAUUAUUCUUGGCCUGGGAGAGUCACAUCAGUUAGAGUACACGACACUACAGAAGAAAAUACUCUGGUUCAUACCAGCCGGCUCUGUGACGGUGGUUUCAGGUUAUAAAGAUGUACCAGAGUCAAGGUAUGGGGAAUAUAUAGGAAAUAGAGAUUCUAAUCGUUUUCUUGCAAUUCAGAAAGCAGAGGAUGAACAUGUGAUUGAAGUCAUGUUAAGUUACUAUUACAAGCUUUAUGGUGAACCAGGUGAUGACAUAUUCUUCCUCGGGCCACAGAGAAGUUACGUUGAAGGAUGCGGAGGAAAAGACACGUACAUUAUUCCUAAAAAUGGAGGAAAAACAACCAUUAACAACUACGAUCCUUCCAAAGCACUAGACACUCUUCAUUUCAGUGUUGAUUACAGUCACAUUUCUGUGUCUAAAUCUGGAAAUGAUGUUGUGUUAAUGUAUGAGGGAAGUCACACUGUGACCAUAGAAGGAUGGUUUUUAGGGGAACCGUAUCGUCACAUGAACAUGAUGUCUGGAGACGGAGUCUUGUUUGAGAUUUCCUCUGUCGUGGUUUCUUCUGUUCAGCUGGUGGCUGUAGGGGUUAACAAGAUGUUCAGCUCUAGUGGUGAACAUGUGGAUGCAUCCCAGCCACUUUUAAGCAAAGUUACAAACAUCUUUGGGUCUCAGUAUAACGAUACACUUGUUGGAAAUGGAGAGAAUAAUAUCAUAGAUGGAGGAGGAGGUCAUGAUCGGUUAAUGGGCGGUAAAGGAGAAGACAUGUACAUAGUGAAAGUCAGAAAACAGUCAUCGGUGUAUAUUGAAAAUUACUCCAAAGACACUAAAACAGAUCUGGCCAUAAUAGAAGCAAACAUUCACACCUUUACAGUCAGAGUAGUGUUUGACCAUGUUUUUCUCAACGCUUCCCAUGACAACACGCCCGUCAGGGUGACUUUAGGGAAUUGGUUUAGAUCAGCAGCAGACAGACAUUUGCUUGUUGUCACAAAAGAUUUGAUCACUUUCACAAUCUCAGAUAACAAGGCCGACUGCCUGGACAGGAGAGAUCUGUUCACCAAGUGUAUUAAAAGUAGCAGAAUCGACUACAGCAGCUCACCAUCUCCUCUGCUGGUGGACCUUCAGGAGGACGAGUCUUUUAGCAGCGUGACGGAGGUUCGUGGGUCAAAGUUCAACGAUGCCAUCAGAGGGAACAAAGAGCACAAUGUUAUUGUCCCAGGAGAAGGAGAUGAUUUCAUCCAGGGUAGAGGAGGAGAGGACUGGUACGUUAUCACACCGGGCCAAGGAGUCAAAACCAUCAACAACCAAUCUCCAGAUCUAGCCUUGGAUAUUCUCUUUCUGAAAGAACAAUACGAGAACAUAAAGUGUUCUUGUGAAGGACAGAGCAUCAUCAUUUUGGUACACGGUAGAAAAGAUGUUAUUUUACAGAACUGGUUUGAUUCAAAGUUUCAUCAGCACCUGCAGAUUAAAACCAGUGAUGGAAUAACAGCUGGACUGAUGACCAACCGCAGCAGCUGUGAUGACUCGUUAAUGUUCCCUGUAACUGUCGAUUAUAGAAACCAGAAACCUGAACCACUUAAUUCGCUCCAAACACAUCUCCAGAAACGCUUAAUUUAUGUAGAAGAUGAGUCUGAAAAUGAGUGUUUCACAUAUAGUAGAAACAAUUCACAGAUGAAGCAAGUCUUCUGCGGCCUUCAAGGCAAAGUGAUGCUGAUGAAUAAUCAUGAUUCAGUUAAAGAAAUGUACGGUUCCUCAGGUUUCGACGUAAUGGUUGGAAACAGCAAUGAUAAUCUCCUUGAUCCAUACACCGGAGGUGCCUUCAUAUUUGGAGGUGAAGGAAAAGACACUUACAUAAUCAAACAAGGAUAUGGAAACUCAAUGAUCGAUAACUUUGCAGAAGAUCAGAGUAUUGAUACUGUGUUGGUUGACAUGGAUUAUCUUCAUGGCAGUCAAGUCACACUGUACUCAUCAACAGAAGAUUUGGAAGUGACGAUCACAUCAAAAGGGGAACAAUUCAAAUUCACUCUGGUCAACUACGCCAAAAGUUCCAAACAUCAGCACUUAGAAUUUCAGAGCUCUGACGGAGUGAAUUUUAAAUUGAAAUACCUAAACUCAACCGGUGAUGUCCCUGUCUUUCACACUGAAGCUUUCAAAGUGACUCGGAAACAGCUGCAGGUUGACUGCCGCCUGGACCUCAACUCUCAGAGGAAUCUGUCAAAGGUCCACACGGUGCAAGGCUGUCCCUCCCAGUCCAAUGACAUACUAGGUAACGAUCAAGACAACGCUCUGAUUGGUGGGUGGAAGGAUGACGCCUUGGAAGGAGGCGCCGGAGAUGACACGCUGAUCGGAGGGAACGGAGACGACCUCCUGAUUGGUGGCUUGGGAGACGACACUCUUUAUGGCGAGGACGGAAAUGACACUAUGAUGGGAGACUCUGGUCGGGACGUCUUCCUUCCCGGACCAGGGGCCGAUCUGGUGGACGGGGGUCCUGGCAGAGACACGGUUGUGUACCGGGGCGAUCCUGACACAGGUAAAGGAGUUUAUGUCAACCUGCUGACGGGACAAGGCCGCUACGCCGAUGCUGAGGGUGACGUGUUGAAGGAUGUGGAGAUAGUCAUCGGCACCGUCUACUCUGAUAUCUUGGUGUCCGGUUACGAAAGUUCUCUCCUCAAAGGCUCAGAUGGCAAUGACAUCUUGGUAUCCACCGGUGGCGAUUACCUGGUCGGAGGUGAUGGAAAUGACAUUUACAUGUUGGCUUUCAACAACGGUUCAGUCACGAUUGAUAACUGUGCCAAAGACAACGCUACAGACGUCUUGUACAUGAGCUCACAGUCAACGCUGCCAUUUGACUGCCAACUUUUGUCUGACAGAGUUCUCCUGACUUCAUUUGGACUUAACCAAACUACUAUUAAAAUUACACUGCAGGGCUGGACCAGUGAUGAGAACGAAUGUGGUCAUUUGAAGUUGGUUUUUAGAGAUCAGGAGGUGUCGGUGGACUGGCUGCUGCAAGAGUGUCAGUUAAGACAGAAGAAAUCAGUUUGGUAUCUAGUCAUGAGUUGGAUUAUCUGGAUCAUUCAUGUACUCUUAAGGCAGUUUUAUGCUUUUGCGUCGAAUUGACAGCGUAUCCCCCGCAGACCCCUCUGCGUCGCCGCAAACACCUCUCUGAGCCCUCCGCCGUAGCUCAACGUGCACCUCCAAACAUUUGUAACUUCAUGCCGAGGCGACGCAGACCGCGAGGACUGUGAUUGGUCAGCUGGUCCUCUGUGUUGAUAGUCGGUGUUUCAAGCAGCCUACUGUGGGGAGUAACAAUAUGCUAGUUCACUGACAUAAGCUUUGCAAAAUAAAUUCAGACAUACAGUAUUUUGGUUACAAUGACGGGGUUUGUAAAGUGUCUAUACGUCAGUAAAGUUUCGAAAUUAAAAUUAGAACUCCGAAAGGGUUACAACACCGUAGGAGCGACAGCGUAGCUACGGCGUGGUGUUGAUGCAGAAGAAUAAAACAGCCUUUAGGCUGAGUUUUCAUUUUACCAACACACAUACACAUCAGUUUUAAGGGCAAAACAGUAAAAGACACAGAAACAAAUGUUGAUGCAGAAUCAGUUUCCAUGGUGGCUGAUGUAAUGUAGAGUUCUGUAGCGCUGCAGCUAAAAUGUAUCUUUAAAAAUGAAAGACACAGAAUCUGAAUUUCAAAAAUGAUUUGUCAUUAUAUCUUAACUUUGCUCGUUCAAAACUUGUCUGUUUAGAUCAGACUGAUUGCUUGGCCUCUUGCAUUGCUGCUUAUAGCUUUCUCAACCAUUGUACCCCGAACAAAAUUUACAUAAGGACCCCAAAGCAAAACAACUGUGUACUACUAGGCUUGUUUGAGAUGAGCUGUGCCUCGCCCCCUGCUGGGCGGUGACUAAAAGAUGCGGUCAAGUCAGACAGUUUCCAGCUUUAAGACUAAACACUCACAUCCUGUUAAUUAUAAUGUAUCAGACCCAUAUAUCAGCUUGUUUAGAUACUGACAGAGUAGCUGUUAAAAUGCUCUACAGGUGAUCUUUUGCUGAUGUUAAAAUACAACAGACUAGAUUAUCUGUAAUCAGAAUGUAUCUAAACGUCACAACAUGUUUUCUGCUAACAGAAUAAAUCUUAAAUCAGACAAAUAUCAGUCAGAAUCUCUCCGAUUCAAAAACAUGGAAAAGUUUAAAUAAAACGUCAUAGCCUCUUCAAUCUCAUGAGGUUAUUGUUGACAACAUGACGUCAGAGUGAUUCUGUAUCAAAUCGGACAGAAAUCUACCCAGCAUGCACUGGGCGGAGAUCGCCUGUGAUUGAUUCUGCGCAGGCCUUGCUCAUCUCCAACAAACCUGAUGACUUACUAUCGUUAACAAUUGAACACUUCAGCAGCGGUAUUCAUUUUCAAACAGGCUUACAGGGAUGUCACGAGAACCGAUACUUUGGUACCAAGUCAAAACCAAAAUUGUUCAAGUCUGCCCCUAAAUGUUCAAGAAGAACGCCAACGAGCACACAAAAACAGAGAGUAGCGCCUCAUCUUCGUGCACAGUGCUGACUGACGGCUUGACCGCAGUCAGCCUCUGGCUUUACCGUAACGUUACCUGGACAGCAACGGCUUUCUCAACUUCACCUGGAACUCCCAAACAGAAAGUAUGUCUGUUUCUCUCUGACGUUGUCUUUCACACAGUGCCUAACGUUAGCUAUGAUAGCUGACGUUAGCUGACUUUAUAACUUUUUAACCAGCCUUGUUCUAUGUGAAACAACAACGGCAGAGAGAAACAAACGUAACUAAACAUGCUUGCUGUCUGGGAGUUCCAGCUGAACUCAUGGAAGAUGUAUCCUGCAGCCCUAAAUCACGCUCUCUUUCCCCUUCCACUUCACACCAAAACAGUGACAGAAAGUGGAAACAAAACAAAAACUGACGCUAUAAAAGGUUGACAUGACACUUUCCCAAUUCCCCCAAAGGUUUUAUAUAAAGGAAUUAGUGAAUUAAUGUUUAGGUAUCAAGUAUCGUGAACUAGAUUUUUGGUAUCGUGACGUCCCUACAGAUUAAGUCGCUCGUGCUGAUUGACUCCAGGAAAGUAAAGUAAAGUUUGUUUGGUACAUCCAGCCAUCACGUAACAUUGGUGGCAGCAAACUAGCAGUCAAUUAGCCCCACCUUCGCUACACACACACACACUCGCAGACACACGCGCACACACAUGCACACACACACAGACACACGCGCACACAGACACACACACACACAC